UUAGCAAUAAAUGCAUAUAUUUUUAUGGCUCAGCCAUUAGUAGAUGGAUCACCCGCAUUUUGUAUAUCAAUAUUUGGCAGUGAUAAUAGAUUUACCUCAGAAGAUGUUUAUAAACGAUGGCAAUAUCUCAUAAAGGAAGCAGGAAAACAUGGAAUUACAAUUUUGGGCUUUUCAAGCGAUGGUGACACUCGGUGCUUAAAAAGUAUGAAAAUUAUAUCGAAAUUGUCAUUUACUUCAUUGAACCCUUACUCUCCCUAUUUUCAGGCGAAUUACAAUUUAGAAAAUCCAGCAGUUUUUCAAGACACUAUACAUAUAUCAACGAAGCUUAAGACUCGUUUAUUAAAUGAAAAUAUUUCUAUGAAUAUGGGAGGAAAACGAGUAUCUAUUGACAAUAUACGGUACAUAAUUGAAAACUAUCCUAGAGAUAAACACUUAUUAUGCAAGAGCUUCCUUGAAUGUAAGUAUACUAGAAUAAAUUUGCUACUUACUUUUCUAAUCAAGAAUCUUCCAGAAAAACGUAAAAAUAUAUCAAUUUGUCAGCUUUAUUCAAAUUAAAGUCCCAACUAGAUAUAUAUGUAUGUAUGUAUGUAGCUAUGGUAGGACUAUUAUGCAUUUGGCUGUAUUACAUAGAUAAUAAUUUUCGGUCCACAAAACAUUUUUGAGCUAUGCACUGACACUUUUCUUUUUAGCUUCCGACAAAAUGAACUUCAAUGCAAUAGACAAGUUAAGUUCUGAACAUGUCACAAAUAUGCUUAAGGAAGUUCCCAACGCCGAAGCUACAAGGCAAUAUUUAAUACUGACUCGCAACAUAUUGGAUGCAUUCUUGUUAAAAGAAAUUAGUGUUGAAAGACGAGUAUACCUAAUUUGGUAUUCAACUUUUUUCAUGCGUAUUUGGAAAGCCUGGCUAAAAAAAAAAUGGUGAAAAUAUCCAAAAGAAUUUUAUCACCACAAAUGCCUAUACAUGCAUAGAAAUAAACGCUCAUGGAAUUAUUUUAGUCAUUGAAAAACUUCGGCAAAAUGGAAUUUCAGAAGCUUUUCUUCCAUGGCUGUAUAGCAGUCAGCCAUGUGAAAAAGUAUUUAGAGAAACUCGGUCCAUGAGUAGCACAUUUUCAACUAUGAUAAAUUAUACACUGCUGGAUGUUUUAAGAAGAUUAAAACGUAUACAAGCUAUGCAUGAGAUAAGCACAGACUUAGGUCCCAAUUUUAGAUUCCCCAGGCAAGAAAACAAACGACUUGGAAAUAAUUCAAGUGUCUUUAAAGUAACUGAGUUUCCAUCAACUGAUGAAAUGAUUAACAUAAUUAAAAAGGCCCAAGAAGACGCACUAUCUGACGCUAAAAAAAUUGGGAUGGAAAUGAACAGGGAUUGUUGUACAGAAAUUAAUUUACCGACUUGUGACAAUCCGGAAGAGCAAGAAGAGGUGCAGGGAAGUAUAAUUAUCACUGAUACCAUUUCAAAGGAACAUGAGCCAGACCUCGAGCCAGACUUUUCUAAUGAAGACCGGGAGUUUCUUGAAUAUACCUCUACAUUUAAUAAUUAUGACUCUUUACAUUUGAGAGACUAUACGGGUCAAAAGAAAGCACAAAAAUCGUGUCUGUCAGUGACACUUAAAGACAAAAAAACACGAAUUAUAAAAAAAUCUACUCUAAUUUGGUUUUUUCAGGAAAAACAGGGUCGUUUAUCAACCGACAGACUGCUCCGGGUAAAGGGAAUGACAGUUAAAAAUACGCAUAAGGGGUUAUCAAAAAAAAAACAGUUCAGGAAAAAGCCAGGCCAAGGACUUCAACCAGCAGGCAAUAUCAAAAAAAGAAAAAUGUUUCGUCAACCUCAUGAACGAGCUCAUAAAGAUAGUACAUCUGAAUCUCGAUCUGAAUCAGAUGAGAUUAGCUUAGAAAGUGAAACUUUGAGUGAAGAUUUCUCUGACUUAGAAGAUUGCCAUAACGAAAGUACAAAAAUGCCAGUAAUUCAGCUAGAAUCUUAUUAUGCUGUGUUUUAUGAUACACAAUGGUAUCUAGGGCGUGUCAUCAACAGCUACAGCUCAGAAAAGUUUAAAGUGAAAUUUUUACAACAAGACCUGGAUACUUUUAAGUGGCCCAAAAAAGAUGAUAUCCAAGAUGUUCACAAAGAGUUUAUAUUUUAUGGACCAGUUAGUCUAAGCGGAACUGAACCAUUUUCUUUAAAAAGAAAUGAUUUGAUUGCUAUUAAACAGAAAUACAAAACAAUCAAAUCCAUCAAAUCAUUAAAAAAUUAAACAUAUUUUUUUAUGUUAUUUAUUAUGUUAAUAAAGCUACUUUGCUUAAU